AUGGCCUUACCUUCUCUGUCUUCUCCAUCGCCUCUGUCUCCCGCGCGCUUACUAUUUACGCCCCUAUUCAUAUCCUUCUUGUUUCUUCAUUCAUCUGUCGCCGCCGACGAUGGCGCAUCUACUGCAGGCCAAAGCGGCGCCUGUAGAAACGGUUCCGAAUUGGCGAAGGUCAAAUUGUGGGUAAAUGGCGCGGAAGAGACGGCAUUAGGCGCAUUGCUUGCCAGUUUUGGGCCGGCAUUGCCGGAGGAGGAAACCCUAGCUUCAAGACUGCCGGCCGUGAUAUCCAAUUCCGUAACCGGUUGUUUACCCUUGUCUUUAAAGCUUGUAGGUUCUAUUGCAGUGGUUGUGCGUGGUGAAUGUGACUUUCUAACGAAGGCUAAAGUUGCUCAAGUGGCAGGAUCAGCUGGACUCGUAGUUAUCAAUAAUGAGGAAGGUCUUGUGGAGAUUGGCUGCGGAAGUGGCGACGAUUUUGACGUCAUAAUACCAGUGGUUACAAUAUCGAAAUCAGAUGGCGAUGAACUGAUUAAUGCCAUUGAUGGUGGUAAGAAAGUGGAGCUUCUGUUGUAUUCACCACCUCGCCCUGUCGUAGAUUACUCUGUGGUCUUCUUGUGGCUGAUGUCUGUUAGUACGGUGCUUUCUGCUUCGCUUUGGUCCGAAUUUACCAAAUCCGAGCAGCGCAUCAACUAUAAUGACGACUACUCAGAUAAGGAUUCUAAUCCACCGAAGGAGGAAGAGGAAGAAGUCCUGUAUAUCAGCACAAAAACAGCUGUACUUUUUGUGAUAUCAGCGUCCACUUUUCUACUGCUGCUCUACUUCUUUAUGUCAUCAUCGUUCGUCUGGAUUCUAAUUGUACUCUUCUGCCUUGGAGGUGUUCAGGGAAUGCACAAUUGCAUCGUUUCGAUUGUUUCAAGUAAAUGCAGCUGCGGCUGGGGACAAAAGUCGGUGAAUCUUCCGGUUGUAGGAGAGUCGUCGAUUCUCUCUAUAGCUGUCUUUAUGUUCUGUCUGCUAUUUGCCAUUAUUUGGGCUGCAACUCGCAAGGCAUCCUUCUCUUGGAUAGGCCAAGACAUUCUUGGUAUUUGCAUGAUGAUAUCGGUGUUGCAGUUGGCUCGGCUGCCAAACAUAAAGGUUGCAACAGUACUCCUGUGUUGCGCGUUCUUGUACGACAUCUUUUGGGUUUUCCUAUCGCCUUUGAUAUUCCAAGACAGCGUCAUGAUUUCAGUGGCUCGAGGGGAUAAAAGCGGUGGCGAAUCGAUCCCCAUGUUGUUGAGGGUUCCCCGGCUUGCUGAUCCUUACGGUGGCUCGAACAUGAUAGGAUUCGGGGACAUUCUAUUCCCGGGCUUGCUCGUUUCGUUUUCUCGGAGAUUUGACAAAGCAAAUGGUAAGAGAGCUGCGAAGGGGUAUUUUCCUUGGUUGAUGAUUGGCUAUGGAACAGGGCUAUUCUUGACGUACUUGGGCCUGUAUUUGAUGAAUGGACAUGGCCAGCCUGCUCUUCUCUACCUCGUACCAUGCACAUUAGGGCUGUGUGUGGUGUUGGGUUUGAAAAGAAAAGAACUGAAGCUACUUUGGAAUAACAAAUCUGACUUGGACGAAGCAAUGCCUCCCCCUUUCUGACUCAAUUAAUUAAAUUAUAAUUUUUAAUUAAUUUACUACUUAAUUUCGUUUUCUGAAAAUAUGUAGUAUUAGUUAUUGUAAAGUUAGUUAGCGCAUGUAAAUACGUAAUCAUUGCUUCACAUUCUUUUUAAUUAAAUCCCCAUGUCACUAAUACACACUAUUAUUCAUUUUCUAUCCAUGUACUAA